AUGGCCGCAGCUGAGCCCAGCCAGCUCCAGUUCGGGGAGAUCGCCGCGCCCCCCGCCUACCGGCCCGCCCACGCCGGCGGGGCGUUCCUGCCGCCCCCGAACCCCGCGGCUGCUCUGCUCCCCGCGCGUCCCUCGGGCCCCGGUCCGGAGCGCGGCGCCCCGGUGGCCUUCGCCGGCUUUCUCGGUAGGGGUCCCGGGCCCGCGGCGCCGCCCUCCGCCGCCCUGGGCCCGCCUGCGCCCCCUAAAGGCGCGGCCGUCCCGUCGGCGUCGCAGCGCCGAAAGCGCACGUCGUUCAGACCCGAGCAGCUGCAGCUGCUGGAGCUCGUCUUCCGCCGGACCAUGUACCCCGACAUCCACCUGCGUGAGCGCCUGGCCGCGCUCACUUUGCUCCCGGAGUCCAGGAUCCAGCAGUUUCUCUCUCCCCCCUUCCAGGUGUGGUUCCAGAACAGGCGCGCCAAAUCGCGUCGUCAGAGCGGGAAAUCCUUUCAGCCUUCAGCCAGGCCAGAGCUCUUCCUCCAUCACUCUGCUUGUGAAACUGAAGCAGAAUAUUUGAAGCCCCAGCUGCCUCUGGAGGUAGAUGUGAACUGCCUGCCGGAUCCCAACAAGGUUGGAGGAGACAUCUCCAACCCUAGCUCCCAAGCUCAGAAUUUUGAAACCUAUUCUCCUCUCUCUGAAGACAUUGGUUCAAAGCUGGACUCAUGGGAGGAACACAUCUUUUCUGCCUUUGGUAACUCUUGAGGAGUCUGGGAGAAUUCAGGAUAAGUUCAGAGGAACCAUGACUGACAGCCAGGGAGACACACAUCAGAAUACCAUCCUUUCUGGCUUCCAUGUUAAGGACUCAUCCAUGUUAACCUUGGUAAUGGUUUUGGGUCAUCUCUCACCUGUGAAGCUUCUUCCCCUUUUGCCCAUGAACUUUGCCCAUGGCCUGUUCUUUCUUUAUAGUACACACCCCCUAGGAGUUCUGGCAUUUUUUACCAGUGCAUCUCCAAAUCUGCACUUUCAUUUUGGUCUGCAUACCUGCUCUUUCCUACCAGUCCUGUUGGUAUUUUUUUGAACUAGUUUUUCAGAACUAUCUUCACAAGAACUCCUUGGUUCGACUCAGUUUCCCCUUGUGCUUAACAGCUGCUGUCUUCAUAUGGCUCCUCCAAGGCUUAUACCCUUAGACUCAUGUUAACCCAGCUCCUUCAAUCCUCAUCCUAUCAUCAAGAUUUACUACUUUUUAAAUUUGGCCUGACAUCUUUAUGCUCAUUCGUAGCUCCGGUGAUUCUGCAAGAGCCCCCUGCCUCAAGUUUCUCAGCUUUUAAAAAACUACUCUCUAGAAAUCUGUAGUAGCCUCCAACUGCUACCAAAUUAUAAAAACGUUUUGGUUACCCUUCCGGAUAACGGACAUUGAUAGCCUACAGGACCAUUAUGCGCAUCUUCUUAGGGUCACCCAUCCACGAUAUAUAUAUGCCUCUGUCUCAAAGCCACUCCUUUCAGUUUUAGAACCAAAUGAAUAACCUCUUUCAAAACACUCUAGACCUCCCUCCUUCUGAAGGCUGUAACUUUUUCUAAUCCUCAUUUUGUACCUGUUACUUCAAUCACUGCAGCAUUACCCUUAGCACUUGUUAUUGUACUUCUGUGCAACUUCAGUUUAUUAUUAUUAAAUGUUUUCCACAAAUGUUUCAUUGUAAUUCUAUUUAAAUGAGUGCUGUCCUUUAGAUAGCACUUAGUACAGCGCUUCACUCCAUAACUGCUCAGUACAUAUUUUGUGGUCAUGAGAAACAUUUCUAAAAGAUAAGUUUCUGCAAAUGUAGUUUAUAAAGCCAGAAAUCAUGGUAUCAGCAGGCCACUGUGCUGAGGAAUUUAACUUGGUUAAAAGUCUAUCCAGCUUGUUCAAAGUUUAGUAACAUGAGUCUUCUGGUUUCAGGAGAUUUCUCUUUCCCAAUUUAUAUGAUAAGAAUGUAUGUAAAUUACUAAGUUAGCCCAGGAUAAAUUAUUGCUUCGAGGUUUUGAGGGUUUUCAAACUCCUAAGGACAAAAGGAAACUGUUUGUACAUGAGGUAAUCAUAGGUGAGGUUUCUCUGUAAACUGUGCUUUGGAGGCAGCUCAUGAGAAGCCAUGGCUGGGGCCAGGACUCAGGUUUGUCUUUUGUUUUUUUUUUUUGUAAUGGAAUUUUUUUUUUUCUUUUGGCUAUGCCACGCGACUUGCAGGAUCUUAGUUCCCCGAACAGGGAUUGAACCCGGGCCCUUGGCAGUGAAAGUGUGGAGUCCUAACCACCGGACCGCCAGGGAAUUCCCCAGGACUCAGGUCUUGAUGAUUCCUAGAAGAGUCAGAGCUAUGCUGAAUGUCUCAGAGAUCAUACAUGCCAGUUACCCUGAUUUUCAUAGAGGUGUUAAAUGGCUUGCACUUUUCAGAGUAGCAAAUCCACUAUUAAAAGCAACCAGGAC